UGCGGAGCAGAGGGAAGCGCGUGGGACUCCUUACAGCCUCGGAGGGGACCCCUGGAGCCCCCGGGGGUCAGGAGGGAGGCGGGUGGGAACCUCCUGGAACACCGGCGGGGCAGAACCGAGCGAGCCCCUCGCAUCCCGGCGGGCGGGAGGGAACCGGGGGGACCCCUCGGAGCUCCGGCGGGGCAGAACCGGAGGGUCCCCGUGCAGCCCCGGCGGGGCGGGAGGGAGCGGGGAUCCCCCCCGGGACUGUGCCGCAGCCCCCCCGGCAGCCCCGGUCCCGCCCUGCGUCCCGCGGGGGCGGAGCGGCGGGCUCGGUGCGGGGCUCGGGGCUCGGUGCGGGGCUCGGGGCCGCCGCCGCCGCCCAUGGAGCCGAACGGGACGGCGGCGGCGGGGGGUAACGGCUCGGCCGCCCCCGGGGGAGGCCCCCUGCUGAUCCCCUCGGCCUUCGGGACAGUGCUGUCGGUGAUGUACGUGGCCGGGGUGGCGGGGAACGUCUACACGCUGGUGGUGAUGUGCCACUCGGUGCGCUGCGCCGCCCCCAUGUACAGCUCCAUCGUCAGCCUGGCCCUGGCAGACCUGCUCUACCUCUCCACCAUCCCCUUCAUCGUCUGCACCUACCUGGCGCAGGACUGGUACUUCGGGGACCUGGGGUGCCGCAUCCUGCUCAGCCUCGACCUGCUCACCAUGCACGCCAGCAUCUUCACCCUCACCCUGAUGUGCACCGAGCGGUACCUGGCCGUCACCCGGCCCUUGGACACCCUGAAGCGCUCCCGUGGGUACCGCAAGGCGACGGCGGGGGCCGUCUGGUCGGUGUCGCUGCUCCUGACUCUGCCCAUGAUGCUGAUGGUCACGCUGACCGAGGGCGGCAAGGCCGAGGGCAAGGUGAAGAGGAUGUGCGCGCCCACCUGGAGCGUGGAUGCCUACCGGACCUACCUGACGGUGCUCUUCAGCACCAGCAUCAUGGCCCCGGGCAUCAUCAUCGGCUUCCUCUACACGCGCCUGGCCAGGACCUACCUGGAGUCCCAGAGGAAUCCCCCCCACAAAGAGAAGAGCAAGAGGUCCCCCCGGCAGAAGGUCCUCAUCAUGAUUUUCAGCAUCGUGCUGGUCUUCUGGGCCUGCUUCCUGCCCUUUUGGAUCUGGCAGCUGGUGCGACUCUACAGCAGCUCCUUGCAGCUCACCACCCAAACCCAGAAGUGCAUUAACUACCUGGUGACCUGCCUGACCUAUAGCAACAGUUGCAUCAACCCUUUCCUCUACACCCUGCUCACCAAAAACUACCGGGAAUACCUCCGCAACAGGCACCGCAACUUCUACAGGUUCACAUCUUCCUUUCGCAAGAGAGGCUCUAACCUGCAGUGCUCCUGGGGACGGUCCAUGUCCUCCAGCAACCAGUACGACUACAGCUCGGAGGCCCUGGGCAUGGCCACGCUGAAGGACAAGUGAAGACGAAGAGAUGCUCCGGAGACAGCAGGACCAGCAGAGCAUCUGGCCAAGCAGCACUUCGAACUCCAAGCAUUCAAAAACCACAAGUCAGCAAGGCUUGGAAAACUGAAAAUUUACCUGGGGAAGAAAGAAAAAUAUCUUAAAAUCCUGCCACUCAAAGAUCUGAGGCUCUAAGUAAAGCGAUUGAAUCCUGUAUCAUGAGACUCAUCAUAAAAGGGAUAAAUUUAUUUGUGACAUUUCAUCAAAAGUAAUCUGCCUCAGUGUAUUCUGCUCAUUUCCCCCCACUUAGUGUCUCAUAGCAAACCUUCGCCACAGGUACUAAAGAUGUCUGUAAGCAUCUAAACAAUUGUAAAAACUCAGUUUAUAAAAUAAAUGCUGAUUAAAAAGUGGACUAUCAUCAGGCUUCCCCUGGCACAGUCUCUUAACCCAGCUCAGGGAGGGGGUAUUUACCAGGGGAGAGGCUGCCGUACCCAGCUGUUCCCUGAAGAGCUCAUGUAUGUGGGGAUGAAAUUGGGCUCAACAUUCGGCUUUUCAUGCUUUGAGGAUAUGUAAAGCACAGUACGAGUCGCAUAAACUCUUGUCAUCAGCUAGUGUUGCCCAGGGACUUCUGAAACGUCUGGCAGUUGCUUAAGCAACAGUCAUUUCCAUUAUCACGUGGCACAAUCCAACUCCCCUCUGCCCGAGAGGAGUCCCGCUGCAGCCCUGCAGCGUUCCCAGGUUCCUGUGUCCUUGGGUGAUCCUCUGGUGGUGCACACCAAACUUUAGGAUACGUUUGUGCUAAAGCAGAGACAUCAAGUCCUGACGCCACAGCCAAGGACUGGGAGCAGAGAACACAGCACAGCAACAUGCUGGAUUUUAGGCACCAAACUAACAGCAGAAAAAUAAACCCUUCAGGGCAUAUGUUGGAUGAAAACCAGGGAAGCACAUUCCUGUGCUGGGACUCAGGCAUUCUUCUUAUAGAUGCAGUUGUUGGGGUGGAUUUCAGGAAGGGGAAAGUAGGUAACUCACCUUAGAAUUUCUUGUAUUCCUUUUAAACAUAGGAGUGUCUUCAAAACACUGGUGACCAGUUUGUCACGUUCCGUUACUGUGUAGAGUCCCAUGCUGGUCAGUAUAAAUACACCUAACAGUGCCCACUUCCUUAUGAAACAGGGACUGACACACAGUUCAC